GAGAGGUGGCCCGGGCUGGGUGGGGUGGGGGUGCCUCCGGAAAGUUUGCUUCUGCUCCAAAAGUCCGCUUUUCCUGCAAGUAAAAUGCAUUGUUGGUGAAUGAAAGUUGGAGAACUUUUUCUUCAGCCGAGUGUCCUAGCUGAAUUGUUUCUCGUUGCCGCUAUCCCUAAACUGGGGCCAGCCGUCUGUUACCGCCUUGCGUCCUGACAGCUCGUUUUCAGUGGGACCCUGCUUGAGGGACUGAUGUAAUAAAAGCCUCUCCCUUACAUGUGCUUGGUUCUCAGAAGACUGAAGUGCAGUCAUGCAGGAAAACCUCAGAUUUGCUUCAUCUGGAGAUGAUAUUAAAAUAUGGGAUGCUUCAUCUAUGACAUUGGUAGAUAAAUUCAACCCACACACGUCACCCCAUGGAAUCAGCUCAAUAUGUUGGAGCAGCAAUAAUAACUUUCUAGUGACAGCAUCUUCCAGUGGCGAUAAAAUAGUUGUUUCAAGUUGCAAAUGUAAACCUGUUCCACUUUUAGAGCUUGCUGAAGGGCAAAAGCAGACAUGUGUCAAUUUAAAUUCCACAUCUAUGUAUUUAGUAAGCGGAGGCCUAAAUAAUACUGUUAAUAUUUGGGAUUUAAAAUCAAAAAAAGUUCAUCGAUCUCUUAAGGAUCAUAAAGAUGAAGUAACUUGCGUAACAUACAAUUGGAAUGAUUGUUACAUUGCUUCUGGAUCUCUUAGUGGUGAAAUUAUUUUGCACAGUGUAACCACUAAUUUAUCUAGUACUCCUUUUGGCCAUGGUAGUAACCAGUCUAUUCGGCACUUGAAGUACUCCUUGUUUAAGAAAUCGCUGUUGGGUAGUGUUUCAGAUAAUGGAAUAGUAACUCUCUGGGAUGUAAAUAGUCAGAAUCCUUACCAUAACUUUGACAGUACACAUAAAGCUCCAGCUUCAAGCAUCUGUUUUUCUCCUGUCAAUGAACUGCUAUUUGUAACCAUAGGCUUGGAUAAAAGAAUCAUUCUCUAUGACACUUCAAGUAAGAAGCUAGUGAAAACUUUAGUGGCUGACACUCCUCUAACUGCAGUAGAUUUCAUGCCUGAUGGAGCUACUUUGGCUAUUGGAUCUUCCCGAGGGAAAAUAUAUCAGUAUGAUUUAAGGAUGUUGAAAUCACCAGUUAAAACCAUCACUGCUCAUAAGACAUCUGUGCGAUGUAUAGCAUUUCAGUAUUCCACUACUCUUAGUAAGUCAAGUUUAAAUAAAGGCUGUUCAAAUAAGCCCACAGCAGUGAACAAACGAACUGUUAAUGUGAACACUACUAGUGGAGGAGUUCAGCAUUCUGGAAUUGUCAGAGAAGCAACAGCCACUUCCAUUGCCACAGUUCUACCACAGCCCAUGACAACAGCUGUGGGGAAAGGAACAGCUGUUGUUCAAGACAAAGCAGGUUUGCCUCGAAGCAUAAACACAGAUAUUUUAUCUAAGGAAACAGACAGUGGACAAAAUCAAGAUUUCUCCAGCUUUGAUGAUACUGGGAAAAGUAGUUUGGGUGACAUGUUCUCACCUAUCAGAGAUGAUGCUGUAGUUAAUAAGGGAGGUGAUGAGUCCGUAGGCAAAGGAGAUGGCCUUGACUUUCUACCGCAAUUGAACUCAAUGUUUCCUCCAAGAAAAAAUCCACUAACUUCAAACACUUCAGUAUUGCAUUCUAGUCCUCUUAAUGUAUUUAUAGGAUCUCCAGGGAAAGAAGAAAAUGAAAAUUAUGAUCCGACAGCUGAGCCUAAGAAAAUAUAUCUGGGAAAACAGGAGACUAAAGACUCCUUCAAACAGUUUGCAAAGUUGAUCUCCUCUGGUCCUGAAACUGGGCAUCUAAAUACCCCCACAUCAUCUAACCAAACAAGAAAUCCUGAGAAAUUUGAAAAGCCAGAGAAAGAAAUAGAAACCCAGUUGAUAUGUGAACCCCCAGUCAAUGGAUCCUCAACUCCAAAUCCAAAGAUAGCAUCCUCUGUCACUGCUGGAGUUGCCAGUUCCCUCUCAGAAAAAAUAGCUGAUACAAUUGGAAAUAAUCGGCCAAAUGCACCAUUGACAUCUGUUCAAAUCCGUUUUAUUCAGAACAUGAUACAGGAAACAUUGGAUGACUUUAGAGAAGCAUGCCAUAGAGACAUUGUGAAUUUGCAGGUGGAGAUGAUUAAACAGUUUCAUAUGCAAUUGAAUGAAAUGCACUCUUUGUUGGAAAGAUAUUCAGUGAAUGAAGGUUUAGUGGCUGAAAUUGAAAGACUACGAGAAGAAAACAAAAGACUACGAGCCCACUUUUGAAAUUUCAGUGAAUACCUUAAUGUUUUUUAAUUUGGGAAGUUUUCUGGCAACACAGAACUACACAGAAUAAGUACUGUUUUCAUGGCCUCUGGGGGAAAAUUUUUUUAUUCAAGUAAAAGCAUGAUGGGAUUUUACACCAACCACUAUUUCAUCUUCUCUGUCAAAAAUAUUUAUAUUUUUAUAUUAAAAACUGUACAAUAUGUCAUCUGCCUGAUAAAGUCAACAGGAUCUUUUUUUUCUGAAAGUGUUAGCUAUGCACUAAGUGCCCUUUUUCAUAAGAGAAGAAAAUUGUGCAUAAAAAUAUGUUGUGUAUGUUUUUAAUCACCUUUUUAAUCUAUAUUUUUGAUUGACAAAUUGCCUUUCAAAUUUUGGGGGGUAGUUGAGGUUUAAAGAGUUUGAUAUGCCUUCUAUUUUUAUGGAGAAAUAAUUUUAAAAUGUUAAUUGGUGUUUCUAAGCCAUUGACUAAUAAAACACAUGGUUGGAUGGUAAUUAUUUUAACUUGAUGAAGUCAUGUAUGAAUAUUAUUUAUUACUUGUACAUUUGAUAAGACAAUUUUUGGAAUUUUGAAUUGCACAUAUACAUUAUAUAUUUUGCAUUACGUUACUGCAUUGUACUUGUAAUGAGUCUCUGCAUCUGAGUGGUGUUAUUUAGCUAACUUUACUAUGAAAAUCUUUGAAGAGUUUAUAAGACUCAACAGGAGCUGUGUAUCUGCUGAUUAUCUCAUGAAUUAAUAACAUGCAAAAUUAUAUUGUAAAGUUUCAGUCAACGUGACCCAAUUUAUAAUCACUUAAGAUUUCAUAUUAGAUACUAAAUAUUACAGUAUUAUUGCCAUUUUUUUCUCCCAAGUGAGAAUUGUAGAUUAUUUUGUUUUGUGGUUUGUAUCAUUAACUUUCUCUAAUUUUUUGUGUGCUGUGCAUAAAUUUUUAUAUUAUUGGCCUUACUAUAAAAUUAUUUAGAAAGGUUAAUUGUCAAAAGAAUUUACACCUCUUUGACAAUAGGUGGAUGUGUACAUCUGUGUGCUGUGAUCUACAGUUUUAGUGGUAUAAGAUUAGGAGGGCUACUGACUUGUUUACCUUCUCGUCUCUUGUUCCAAAGAUUUAAACUACAUACCUUGUAUAUAGCUCUCCUAACCAAUUUUGACUUCUGAGAUGAAAAUACUUACUAAAAUUAAAGAAAAAAAAUUAGUUUAGCUUACUAACUUUAUGUUUUCAAAGUGAUGAAAAUGUUUAAGGAUAUAUUUAAUAAGUGUAAACAUACUAUUACUGCUAAAAAUAAAAACAGAAAUAUUACUUUUUUCCAGUGUGGCUCAAAUAAUACAUUUGAAUUGAAGCAUACAGAGGUGUUAAUGUGAUCUUUUCCUGACAGAUUAUGAAAGUAUUGUGACUUGUAACAAGUUUCCUUAUAAAUCACUAUCACACAGCUUUAGAAGACAUAAAUAUUAGUGUGUUUUGCCUACACUCUGUAUUUAAAUCUAUUAAUAUUUUCCUAUUGCCUUUUUCUAUAAAUGUAAAUAAUGUGUAUUAAAAGAGGGGGAUAAAUAAAACAAUUUUAGUAAUUUUAUGUGUAUAGGCGAAGCACUUUGUUAUGGAAUUAAAAAGCUAAUUUAGUACAAAAAAUAAAAUUUAUAUAUGCAAAAUA